AUGUUGAGCCGGGUGAGCGUGCGUGGGGCCUCCAGCGCCGCUGCGGCUUCAGCCUCUGCCCCACGGACCCAGACGACCCCGUCCGGUCUGACGGUGGCGGCCGACGAGCGAAAUGGGGCCGUUUCUCACUUGGUUCUCGCUUUCCGCGCCGGAACCCGCCACGAGCUGCCGUCCCAGAAGGGUCUCGUCCAUCACCUGCGCAACUUCGUCGGCCGUGACACCAACUCUUACCCUGGGGUUUCGCUGCUCUGGAGCACCGCGUCCAUCGGAGCCAAUGUUCGCGCUUUCGCGACGCGUGAGCUGUAUGGAGUCGCCAUCUCCGCUCCACGUGCCCAAGCCAACUUGGCCCUGUCCGUGCUCGGCCACAUCGCCGCCCAGCCAUCCUUCAAGCCUUGGGAGCUCGAGGACAUCAAUGAGACCCUUGCCGCCGACAUUGCCUACCGCACCCCGAUCGAUUUCCUUAGUGAAGACGUCCAUCGUGCGGCCUACAGAAAAGGCGGCCUCGCCAAUGGCCUCUUUACGCCAAAGAAGCUGAUCGGAAAGUACAAGCAGGAGGAGCUUCAGCAUUUCGCCGGAGGUCAUUUGCUGGCUGGAGAUGGCGUGCUGUUUGGCAUUAACGUCGACAACGAGACCCUUUUGUCGUACGGAGAAAAUCAUGCGCCGAUCAAGGAAGGAAAGGGAAAACCAGUUGAUGCCUCACCAUUCGUCGGUGGCGAGAUUCGUCGCUGGUCUUCCGGCAAAGUCGCCCAUGUUCUUCUGGUCGGAGAGGGUGCUUCGCUGUCGGACGUGAAGGGAAUCGCCGCUCAGAAUGUGCUUCUGGCUGCCCUUGCCCACAACACCUUGAAAUACGGCGGAAAGUCUGGCAAUGGUAUCCUGGCCAAGGCUGCCGGCAACGAGGGAGCUGGGAUCAGCCCCUACCAGGCUGUAUACAGCGACUCUGGAUUGGCUGGAAUCCACCUGACCGUCGAUGGAGCGGCUGCCGGCGCUCUCGUGCGAACCGUUGCGAAGACCUUGAAGAACGUGUCCGUUGAAGAUUUGGAAGGAGCGAAGGCGCUGGCCACCGCGCGAGUGAUCUUUGGCGUGGAAUCUGGCCGGGAUUUCGUGAUUGACAAAGCAGCGUAUCUUUUCGGAGGAAAAGGAGAAUGCAUCGUUAACGCCAUUAGCCAGAUCACCAAGGCCGAUGUCGACGCUGCCGCCAAGAAGUUGACGAAGAAAUUUGCGAUCGCCUCCUACGGUGAUAUCGACCACGUGCCCUACGUCGACGAACUG